AUCCAGGAUUUCUCUUUAAGAUGCCCACUUAUCCAAGGGCAUGGGAAUUUUGGCUCAAUAGAUGCAGAUCCGCCUGCUGCCAUGCGAUAUACAGAGUGCAGACUGGAAGCGCUAACGGAGGCAAUGUUGUUGGCAGAUCUAGAUCAGAAUACUGUUGAUUUUGUCCCAAACUUCGAUAAUUCACAGAAAGAACCGUCACUUCUUCCUGCCCGUCUUCCAACUAUAUUGUUGAAUGGUUCUUCCGGGAUUGCGGUUGGCAUGGCAACAAAUAUUCCUCCCCAUAAUCUUGGAGAGUUGGUAGAUGUGCUUUGUGCCUUAAUCUAUAAUCCCAAUGCCACUUUGCAAGAAUUGUUGGAGUACAUGCCAGGUCCAGACUUUCCAACUGGAGGACUAAUCAUGGGAAACCUUGGGUAA